CGCUCUAGCUCGGAGGACCGGAAGUCGUCUCUUUUUCUCCCUGCCCUCACUGAGCCGGUGCUAAGAUGGCGGCUACCGCUGAUUAUGACGUGAUGAUGGCUCCAGAGGAACCGGAGAAGAGCGAAGAAGAGCGGGAGAGGGAGGCAGAAGCCUGUAAAGAGAAGGGCAACAUGUUCUACGCCAAGAAAGACUACAAUGAGGCUUAUAACUAUUACACAAAAGCUAUAGAUUGGUCCCACAAAAAUGCCAGUUACUAUGGAAACAGAGCAGCCACCUUGAUAAUGCUCAAUAAAUAUCGGGAGGCCCUGGAAGAUGCCCAGCAGUCUGUGAGAUUGGACGACACCUUUGUGAAGGGUCACCAACGCGAGGGCAAGUGUCACCUGUCCCUUGGAAACGCCAUGGCGGCUACUCGCUGCUUCCAGAAAGUCGUAGAAUUGGAACCAAAGAACGAGCAGGCGGGAAAAGAGCUAAACAACGCUGCUGCUGUUUUAGAGUAUGAACGAAUUGCAGAGGCUGACUUUGAGAAACGGGAUUUCCGCAAGGUUGUGUUCUGCAUGGACCGAUCAUUAGAGUUGGCCCCCGCCUGCCAUCGCUUCAAAAUCCUCAAGGCAGAAUGUCUAGCGCUUCUUGGCCGCUACCCAGAUGCUCAGUCUGUAGCCAGUGAUAUUCUAAGGAUGGAUGCCACAAAUGCAGAUGCUCUUUAUGUCCGGGGUCUCUGUCUUUACUAUGAAGAUUGCUUUGAAAAAGCAGUGCAGUUCUUUGUGCAGGCCUUAAAAAUGGCCCCCGAUCAUCAGAAAGCUCGUCUGGCCUGUAGGAAUGCCAAGGCUCUGAAGGCUAAGAAGGAUGAAGGCAACCAAGCUUUUAAAGAUGGCAAUUAUGACCUUGCCCACAGACUGUACUCAGAGGCACUCGGCAUAGACCCCAAUAACAUCAAAACAAACGCAAAACUCUACUGUAACCGCGGCACUGUCAAUGCAAAGCUGAAGAAAUUAAACGAGGCAAUAGAGGACUGCACAAAUGCAAUAAAACUGGACGAUACUUACAUUAAGGCAUAUUUACGGAGAGCACAAUGCUACACAGACACAGAACUGUAUGAAGAAGCAGUGAGAGAUUAUGAGAAGGUCUAUCAGACAGAAAGCACAAAAGAACACAAGCAGCUGCUAAAGAAUUCCCAGCUGGAACUGAAGAAGAGCAAGAGGAAAGAUUACUACAAGAUACUGGGAGUGGAUAAGAAUGCGUCAGAAGAUGAAAUAAAGAAAGCCUAUAGGAAACGGGCAUUGAUGCACCAUCCAGACCGACACAGCGCUGCUACAGCCGAAGUUCAGAAAGAAGAGGAGAAGAAAUUUAAAGAGGUGGGCGAGGCGUUCACGGUCCUGUCUGAUGCCAAAAAGAAAGCUCGCUAUGACAGUGGGCAGGACUUGGAAGAAGAUGGAUUAAAUACGGGAGAUUUUGAUGCCAACAACAUAUUCAAGGCUUUCUUCAGUGGCCCCGGAGGGUUCAGCUUUGAAGCCUCUGGCCCAGGAAAUUUCUUCUUCCAGUUUGGGUAACCUCCCCAUCCCCUAUGGUUCAUCCCACCCCAACUCCCGGCACCCUUUUUGUUCAAGUGUUUUAAUCAUGGAAUAUGGACUUUAUUUAAUCAGACUCUUCACAGCAUCGUCGUGUCUCUGUUUAUUAGAGAAGCAGAUUUUUCUGGGUUGUUUUUUUGUUUUUGUUGUUUUUGCCAUUUUUAAGAAAUGUCCAUCUCAGUUAUAUACCUCUCGGCAAGUUCACGUGUGAAGGGAAUUGAAACUCAUCGUGACCCGAAAUGACUUUCCCCGCAGAUAAAGUUUUAGUCCAUUCUAAAGAUGUGCCAAUUUCUUGUGCCGGCCUAGGAUGUGUGUGGCGCUUGUAUGGUUCAUGUAGAUGCACUGGAAUUUUCAGUCGGAUUUGUUGCAGUUCCUAUGUGUCCGCUAGCCCACACAGCUGCCCCCGUCGCUUCUCCAAUUGGACGACGCAUCAUGUGACCUGUACAGAGCAUGUCUUUGAUCCUGGAUCUCAAACCGUUAUAGUGGGAAAGACGGAGUACCGCAGAUUUAUGCCGAUACGUGGAAUUGCUUUAAAAUCUGCAACAAAAAAAAAAAAGAUUUUUGGAAAUGCAGAUUUUUUUUUCGUUUGCCUGAUCUUUGGUCAUACUCGUCUUUAUUUGUGACCGGAACCCACGCUCCGACACCUCUUGCAUGCGCCAGUGGCAGCAAAGGGGGACGGCGGGACAUGAAUGAAUUUACAAAGUAAAUCUGUUUAAUGUUUUUAAUCCGUACAGGAAGCAACAUCCAGUCCUCCGGAAUCCCCACUCUGUAUGCAAUGCUCAAUGAUACGUAGCCAGCCUGGCCUUGUAAAAUGUUAUAUUAAUCUCACAACAUCCUUGGAAAACAUGAAGGAUUUCAAUAAAACUGUUUAAAACUGC